AUGCCAACUCAGUCCCUCUUAGUGUACAUGGAUGGACCUGAAGUUAUUGGCAGUUCCCUCGGAACCCAGAUGGAGAUGGACGAUGGCGUGUCCAUAAAGGGGACCACCGCUGUUCCGUUCAGAGCGACACAAGAGAAAAGUAUCAUCCAAAUAGAGGGCUACAUGCCUUUGGACUGCAUGUUUUGCAAUCAGACCUUCACCCAUUCGGAAGACCUCAACAAACAUGUCCUGAUACAACAUCGGCCGAUACUCUGCGAGCCAGCAGUUCUGCGUGUCGAAGCCGAGUAUCUUAGUCCCCUGGAUAAAAGCCAAGUGAGAGCAGAACCCCCAAAGGACAAGAGUUGCCAGGAAAAGGAAGACUUCAGCUGUGAAGUAUGUGGACAGGCAUUUAGAGUUGCUUUCGACGUUGAGAUCCACAUGAAGAAACACAAGGACUCUUUCACUUACGGGUGUAAUGUGUGUGGACGGAGAUUCAAGGAGCCCUGGUUUCUGAAAAACCACAUGCGGACACACACAGGCAAAUCUGGGGCUAGAAACAGACUCCAGCAAGGCCUAGAAAGCCCAGUGACCAUCAAUGAGGUGGUUCAGGAGCACGCGGCCGAGAGCAUCUCCUCUCCGUACAAGAUCUGCAUGUUCUGUGGCUUCUUCUUUCCAGAUAAAGACAGUCUCAUUGAGCACAGCAAAGUGCACACCAAAGAAACCGUGUCUGGAGCCAGCGAGACGCAGGCCGACUCCCGUCCAAAGGGAGCGCCGUCGCCCCGGGAAGAGUUCCUCCAGUUUUUAAACUUAAGACCAAAAUCCCUCCUGGAAAACAGCAAAAAGCCAGCAAAAUGGAUACCUCAGCUUGACCCGUUCAACACCUACCAGGCUUGGCAGUUGGCCACCAAAGGCAAAGUCGCCGUUAGCCGAGGAGAAAUUAAGGAGCCAGGGCAAGAAGGAAGUACUGACAAUGAUGAUUCGUGUUCAGAUAAAGAAGAACUUGGAGAAAUCUGGAGCACAAAUAAAAGCCAUUCGGAAGGUUCUGGGAAGGCCAGGGCAAAUAAGAGCAGCUGUGCAGGCCUCUCACAAGAGAAAGAGAAGGCUCGGCACGCUAACGGGGAAGUGCCUUCUGUGGACGCAGAGCCCAAGUUAGCCCAUAACAAAGAGAAGCCCACACAUUGCUCUGAAUGUGGCAAAGCUUUCAGAACUUACCACCAGCUGGUCCUACACUCCAGAGUGCACAAGAAGGACAGACGGACGGAUGCCGAGUCGCCCACCAUGUCUGUUGACGGAAGGCAGCCGAGGACGUGUUCCCCAGACCUCGCCACCUCCCUGGAUGAAAACGGAGCGAUGGAUCGGGGAGAAGGUGGUUCUGAAGAUGGCUCCGAGGAUGGGCUUACCGAGGGGCUCCAUUUGGAUAAAAAUGAUGAUGGAGGAAAAAUAAAGCAUCUUACAUCCUCGAGGGAGUGCAGUUAUUGUGGGAAGUUUUUCCGUUCAAAUUAUUACCUCAAUAUUCAUCUCAGAACGCACACAGGGGAAAAGCCGUACAAAUGUGAAUUUUGUGACUACGCUGCAGCCCAGAAGACAUCCCUGCGCUAUCACUUGGAGAGACAUCACAAGGACAAGCAGGUUGAGAUCGCUGCCGAAGCCAAGAGCCAAGACGGUAAAGAUCAGGAGACAGAAAAUGCACUGUUAGCCACGGAGAGUGCGCAGACCAAAAGCUUGAAGCGGUUUCUUGACGGUGCCAAAGAUGCGAAAGGCAGCCCGCCUGCGAAGCAGCCUAAGGAGGUGCCUUCAGCCUUGCAGAACGCUGCAGGCAGUGCUGGGCUCGCGCCCGUUCACAAAGAUGCUCAGGAUUUCCGCAAAGCUGCAGCCGAUGACGGUGCUGACAGGGUGACUAGAAACCCCGCCCCUGCUUACCUGGAUGUGCUGAAAAAGAGACCGGCCAUUGAGCCUCAGGCAGACAGCCGCCUCUGUCAAGCGGAGGUGGAUGCUGCUGCCCGCCCGGAUGGCAGUGCCACCCACAGCAUGGAAGUCAGCCACAGAGAGAAGGCCAUAGAGGGCGCCCCCGACUGCAAACCCAAGCCCCCCACAGACUGUCAGGAGAAGCCUUUAAAUCUGUCCCUGGGGGCCCUUCCCAGCUGCCCAGCGAUUUCCUUGAGCAAAAGCUUGAUUCCAAGUAUCAGCUGCCCCUUCUGUACCUUCAAGACGUUUUACCCGGAGGUCUUAAUGAUGCACCAGAGACUGGAGCAUAAAUACAACCCUGACAUCCACAAAAACUGCAGGAACAAGUCCCUGCUGAGGAGCCGGCGUACCGGGUGCCCGCCAGCUUUACUGGGGAAGGACGUGCCUCCCCUUCCUAACUCCCAGAAGCCCAAGCCCAAGCCUGCCUUCCCCAUGCAGGCAAAACCCCUGCCGUCCGAGAAGUCGAAGCCGUGCCCGCUGGGGCCGGGCAGAGCUCCGCUGACCUCGGGCCCAGACGCCAGCACUUUAGUCCCCAGCAACCUGAAGUCCCAUAGGCCCUCACAGGGCGCCGGAGGACAAGGGGCUGUCCCCACCAGGCAGCAGCAGCAGCAGCCUGAGAUCCUCUCUAAAACCAGUGUUUCCCCUGCACCGGAUAAAACAAAACGACCGGAGACAAAAUUGAAGCCUGUGGCUGUAGCCCCACCCCAGCCCGCCCUUGGCGGUGGCCACGUCAAUGGUGCCGUUGACUACCCUGCCAAGAAUGACAGCCCGUGGGCCACUCACGGAAGAGACUAUUUCUCUAAUCGGAGUGGCAGCAGUGCCAGCGUGGAGUUUGGUGAGCCACUUCCCAAAAGACUCAAACCGAGUGUGAUAGCUCUUGACGUGGACCAGCCUGGGCCCAAUCACCACAGAAGAAGCCAUGACCUCCCCAAGUACCAUGUUGUCCGCGGGAUCUCCAGCUUGUUGCCUCAGGAAUGUGUCUACCCACCAUCAUCAGUGUUGUCCCCAAAAUCGAACUUCCUGAGUCCGAGUGAGGUCGACGCGCCAAACCUGCUGACGCUUCAGAAGCCCUGUGGUGCUUCGGGACCACGGUACCCUUGCUGUGGACCUGCCGGUAGCCAGCCGUUGAGCCCAGCGCUAGAAGGACAAAGACCCAUGUCGUAUCAACACUUACCCAGCAGCAUGCUACAAAAGAGAGCCCACGGGAAUCUUAGUGGGAAUGCACACUAUCGACCAAGCGACAAAAAAACUUGA